AUGACUUCUAGACUUGACCGAUUAGUUACCAUCCUUGAGACCGGGAGCACAAGGCUCAUCCGAGACACUGCAGUCAACCAGCUUGCUGACUGGCAAAAGCAACAUCCCGAUGAGUUAUUCAAUCUCCUGUCUCGGGUCAUCCCGUAUCUCCGCUACAAGGAUUGGGAGACGAGGCAAACUGCGGCCAAAGCCAUUGGCAGAAUCUUAGAAAAUGCCCCGCUCUAUGACCCCAACUCAGGAGAUGCCCCAAGUGAGCCCAAAAAGGAAGAGAGCUCGUCCGAAAACAGUACGAUUAAGAAAGAGGAAGACAACAAGGCGGCAUCCGUUCUUACCGAUGACGAUGUCUUCAAGUUUGAGACCCUCGAUGUGGACACCGUUUUGAAGUUCGGGCGACCGCUUCUACGGGGUGGUGGCAUUGAGUACAGCCUUGCCUCUCUCGACCCUCAAGCUCGUCUGGAGCACCAAAAGAAGACACUUUUGGGCCGCCUGGGUUUACUUGGGAGGAGAUUCGAAGACGAGGAAAUUAUCGUAGGGGACGGAAUACCAAAAACACCACUCGAUGCGCCCAAUGGCGGUGGCUUUGGUAAAGGCGAUGGCACGCAGUCUCAGAGUCAGCCGACAGAAGAGUCUCAGCUUAGCUCAAGGCAACUGAACGUACUUAAGCGAAAACGUAAGAAGGAGGCAAUGAAGGCACAGGGCAAAGGCGGGUUUGGAGAUCUAUCACUGCGACGAACGACGACUGCUGGAUCUGAAGGACUGGCAGAUGAUACCCCGAUGGCAGACGAAUCGAAAAAGAAUGGAAAAGUGAAUGAUUACUUCAACCUCGAACGUCCAACCGAUAUCGAUGAGGAUGCAAAGGUUGUCAGCGAGUUCAAGGGAUCGGUGAUGCAGAUCAAGUCUGAGCUUGAAGCCGAAGAGUCCAUGGAAGGUGCCGAGUGGCCGUAUGAGCGACUCUGCGAUUUCCUCAAGAUUGAUCUCUUCGAUUCCUCAUGGGAAACGCGACAUGGAGCCGCCAUGGGAUUGCGCGAGGUACUCCGAGUCCAUGGCGGCGGGGCUGGCCGUGUUCGAGGCAAAUCGGUGGAUGACAAUAAUGAGCUCAACCGCACAUGGCUCAACGAUGUUGCUUGUAGACUCUGCUGCGUCCUUAUGCUGGACCGCUUUACUGACUACAGCUCCGAUACGUCCGUUGCCCCAAUUCGAGAGACUAUUGGUCAGACCCUUGGUGCUGUUCUUAAACAUGUCCCCCCCAACUCCGUCUAUGACAUCUACCGGGUCCUGUAUCGCAUGGUGAUGCACGAAGAUCUCAAGCUAGACCAGCCGAUUUGGGCUGUCUGCCAUGGUGGCAUGAUUGGCCUGAGAUAUGUUGUUGCAGUUAGGAAGGAUCUAUUGCUUCAGGAUGGAGACAUGAUUGAUGGGGUCAUCAAGGCGGUAAUGAAGGGUCUCGGAGACCUCGAUGACGAUGUGCGAUCUGUCAGCGCUGCCACCCUAAUACCCAUGGCUAAAGAAUUUGUCACCAUGCGCCCGGCUGCUCUCGAUGGCCUCACCAACAUAGUAUGGGAAAGCUUGUCCAAUUUGGGCGACGAUUUGAGCGCCAGCACAGGCCGCAUUAUGGAUCUUCUGGCUACGCUCUGCAGCUUCCCCGAGGUACUUGAAUCGAUGAAGACAUCUGCUGCCCAAGAUGAAGAGCGAUCCUUCACUCUGCUGGUUCCUCGCCUCUAUCCAUUCUUACGACACACCAUCACAUCUGUUCGCCUUGCUGUCUUGAAAGCCCUCUUGACCUUUGCGAAUCUUGCAGAUGAGACAUCACAGGGCUGGCUCAAUGGUAGAAUUCUCCGCCUCAUCUUCCAAAACAUUCUUGUCGAAAGGGACAAGGAAACCCUUGACAUGUCGCUGGACCUCUGGGCGGCCCUUGUCCGUUCAUUGGCAAAGGACCCCGCCAUUCUUGCUGAUGAAUUUGCUCCUCACAUUGAUCCAUUAAUGCAGCUGACGUUACAUCCCAUUGGCGUGUCGCGGCAUCCCAUCCCUAUGCAUACCGGCUUGUUCCAGAAGCCAUCUGGUGGCACCUACUCUGCUCAAGGCCCGGCGCAGCCUAGUGGAAGACGACUCUCCUCGCCUGAGGGCCCUGAACGACCGGUAAAACGCCGUCGUAAAUCUACCAAGGUCGAAGACACCACCCCCGCCAACUUGACGCAUGAUGUGGAUGGCCAUAUGAUGCAAGGUGAUGUUGAUCUUGUUGGCUUAGAGGUUCUGAUUCGGUCAAGAGUUUCAGCUGCCAAGGCCAUGGGCCUCAUCAUGUCCUUGGUGCCUUCGACGAAUCUCGACGAUUAUGAUGCCCUGCUUGUUCCAGGCCUCACCUCCGCCUUUUCCUCUACGCAACUGACCGCCUGUCUUGUCAUUGACGAGUUUGCAAGGAAUUGCCAAAAUACCGAGGACCCUGCCCGCUACUUGGAUCAUCUCCAGCGGAUUGUCGAAUCAGACCGGCCUUCAGCUUACCGAGACUUGGUGACCUUUGUUCAAAGAGCCAGAAGCCAGUGCCAGCAAUUACUUCACCUGUUCCGCGACCAUGGCAAAGUCUCACACAGCAAGCUACCCACCCUUCCCGUCGUGGUUCAAGGUGAAGCCGAAGCCGGCCCCAGUGCCUUUUCCAUUGCUACUGCUGAAAAGUGUGUUGGCGAAGACUUUGAGAGGCUGAAAAAGAUUAUGCCCCCCGGCCAACGAUUGAUCGCCGGCCAGCAGCUGGAUGAAUCUCGCCAGGACACAAUGACAGCUAUUCAAGAGGCCAAGGCCUUCAAGGAUGCUCGUGACAUUAGGAUCAAGGCUGGUGCAGCUUGUGCCAUGGUCGCGAUGAAGCUCUUGCCGAAGAAACCUAGUCCUCUCAUCAAGAGUAUCAUGGAUUCGAUAAAGACAGAGGAGAACCACCAGCUCCAGAGCCGCUCAUCAGACACCAUCGCCAAACUGGUACAGCUCUUUACAGAGAAGGGCAGGCGUAAUCCCGCGGAAAAGGUUGUUGCCAACUUGGUCAAAUUUUCUUGCGUUGAAGUAGCAGAGACCCCCGAAUUUCCCGUUCAUGCUACCAAGACCGAUUGCAUUCUCUCUAUGCAGAAGGAAGAGGAUCGCGUUGACCACCCAGAUGCCGCUAAGUGGGCAAGGGAAGCCAAGGCUGCCCGUAUCACACGUAGGGGUGCCAAAGAAGCCUUGGAGAUUCUGUCCAAGACGUAUGGUGCGGCCUUAUUCGAGUCAGUGCCAAGCUUGCAAGGCUUCAUGAAGGAUGCGCUGGUCAAGGCUUUCACCGGGGACCUGCCCGCGGAAGCUCGGGAUCCUGAGCAGACGUUUGGCCAGGAGAUUGUGGAUGCCAUGUCGGUCAUUCGGACCAUGACGCCCACAUUGAACGAGAGCCUUCAUCCGUUUGUCAUGGAGAUGAUGCCCCUUGUCAUCAAGGCUCUGCAUUCCGACCUCUCAGUUUUCCGCUACAUGGCCGCCAAAUGCCUGGCAACUAUCUGCAGUGUCAUCACCGUAGACGGAAUGACUGCACUCGUGGAGAAGGUCCUCCCUUCAAUCUCCAACCCGCUUGAUCUCAAUUUCCGCCAAGGAGUAAUCGAAGCCAUCUAUCACCUGAUUGCUGUCAUGGGUGACGCGAUCCUCCCAUACGUCAUCUUCCUGAUUGUGCCUGUCCUCGGCCGAAUGAGCGAUUCCGACAACGAGAUUCGUCUCAUUGCUACCACAUCUUUCGCCACGCUUGUCAAACUGGUGCCUCUCGAAGCCGGAAUUCCCGACCCCCCUGGCUUGUCCGAGGAACUCCUGAAGGGACGAGAUCGGGAACGAACCUUUAUUGCUCAGCUUCUCGACCCCAAGAAGGUUGAGCCCUUCCAGAUCCCCGUGGCGAUCAAGGCAGAGCUUCGAUCAUACCAACAGGACGGUGUCAACUGGCUCAAUUUCCUCAACAAGUAUCACCUGCACGGCAUUCUCUGUGACGAUAUGGGUCUCGGAAAAACUCUACAGACUAUCUGCAUUGUCGCUAGUGAUCACCACCAGCGACAGGAAGAGUUUGCCAAAACCCAGGCUCCUGAUGUGAGGCGGCUGCCGUCUCUAAUUGUCUGCCCCCCAACACUCUCAGGCCACUGGCAGCAGGAGAUCAAGACCUACGCCCCUUUCCUUAGCGUCACUGCCUACGUUGGGCCGCCAGCGGAGCGUAAAGCUAUGAAAGAUAGACUUGGCGAUACCGAUAUUGUCAUUACUUCGUAUGAUGUGACCAGGAACGACUCUGAUGUCCUCGAGAAGCACAGCUGGAACUACGUUGUGCUCGAUGAGGGCCACUUGAUCAAGAAUCCCAAAGCCAAGAUUACCCAAGCUGUAAAGAGGCUGGCCAGUAACCACCGACUGAUCCUCACUGGUACACCCAUCCAAAACAAUGUGCUGGAACUUUGGUCUCUAUUCGACUUCCUUAUGCCCGGGUUCCUCGGAGCCGAGAAGGUGUUUUUGGACCGGUUUGCGAAGCCCAUCGCGGCAAGCCGAUACAGCAAGGCAUCGUCUAAGGAGCAGGAGGCUGGUGCAUUGGCGAUUGAGGCUCUUCACAAGCAAGUGCUUCCGUUCUUGCUCCGCCGUCUCAAGGAAGAAGUCCUUAACGAUCUACCACCCAAAAUCUUGCAAAACUACUAUUGUGAUCUCAGCGACCUGCAAAAGAAACUCUUCGAAGACUUUACCAAGAAGCAGGGCAAGAAGAUCCAAGACGAGGCCGGCCGAGACGACAAGGAGGCCAAGCAGCACAUCUUCCAGGCCCUGCAAUACAUGCGAAAGCUGUGCAACUCGCCUGCCAUGGUUAUGAAGCCGGGAAGCGAUCUGUAUGCCGAGACGCAGAAGAUUCUACAGAAGCAAGGGACGUCGAUUGAGGAUGCCCAUCAUGCGCCGAAGCUCACUGCCCUCAAAGAUCUCCUGAUUGACUGUGGCAUCGGCGAUGACAAGGACGACUCCAACGACCCGCUAUACCAGCCGAUCAAGCCUCAUCGUGCUCUGAUUUUCUGUCAGAUGAAGGAAAUGUUGGACAUGGUUCAGAACAAGGUGCUGAAAGAAAUGUUGCCUUCUGUCUCCUACCUGAGGCUCGAUGGUGGCGUUGAAGCGAACAAGAGACAAGACAUUGUCAACAAAUUCAACAGCGACCCGUCGUACGACGUGCUCUUGCUAACCACUAGCGUUGGUGGUCUGGGACUGAACCUUACGGGCGCGGAUACUGUCAUCUUCGUUGAGCACGACUGGAACCCGCAGAAGGACCUGCAGGCCAUGGAUCGUGCUCACAGAAUCGGCCAGAAGAAGGUGGUAAACGUCUACCGUCUCAUCACGCGUGGCACAUUGGAGGAGAAGAUUCUCAGCCUCCAACGGUUCAAGAUUGAUGUCGCUUCCACGGUGGUCAACCAGCAGAACGCUGGUUUGGCGACAAUGGAUACAGAUCAAAUCCUUGACCUGUUCAAUUUGGGCGACUCGGGACCGAGUCUCAUAUCUGAUAAGCCGCAAAACGGCAUUGACGGCAGAGAGGAGGACAUGGUUGAUCUCGAAACUGGCGACGUACUGCGGCAGCCGGGCAAGAAGGCAUGGCUGGAUGAUCUGGGAGAAUUGUGGGAUAACAAGCAGUACGAAGAGAGCUUCGACUUGGACGAUUUCAUGAAGACCAUGGCUUGA